AUGGAGAGCGUAAAAAAACUCUUGAUUCUCUUCCAGUUCGCCUCGGGUUUAGCUGUAAAUUUCGACAAAAGCUGUCUUCUGACAGUGGGAGUGGAUGAGGCAGUUGAGAGGAGAUGGGCAUCGCUCCUCAUGUGCAAGAUCGGUUCCUUUCCGUGCAACUACUUGGGUACUAAAGUGGGGGGGCGCAACAAUGGUGUUGGAGAUUGGAAGUUUUUGAUUGAAAAAGUUUCAAACAAAGUGGCAAGCUGGAAGAAGAGACACCUUUCGCUGGCAGGGCGAAUUACUCUAGUCAAGUCGGUGUUGCAAUCCAUCCCGGUAUAUCAAUUAUCCCUCGCUUUCAUACCUAAAGCGGUGAUUAAGGAACUUAAUUCACUGUUCUCCAAAUUUUUGUGGGGAGGAGGCACACAGACGGGGGGUAUCACUUGGUUUAAGUGGAAUGCCUUGUGCCUAAACAAGGAUUCAGGAGGUCUGGGGUUUCGGAAUAUCGAUUGGGGAUGGGAAAGCUCUGUGGGUAAGGGUGAUCAAAUCGAUUUAUGGGGAGCUAGUGUGGGGGGAAGGGGGUGA